CUGGUAGUAACUAGCGCAUUGAGUGGACACGGCUGUUCUGCGUAAUCUUCGCUUCUAUUCGACCAACACCUUCCAAACAAUCUUGACGAGCAAAUUCCAGUUAAAGCGCAUCGUUCGGAGCAAGCACGUCCGGAAAGAUCAUGGCGAUAGAGUGAAUGUCCUUGCCCCUCUCGGUCGCUCGUGCGCUCCGCAGAUGCACUUUCCUCCCAUCCACGUACUCGAAACCACAACAACAACGCCCAGUAAUCGAGAUUAGUCUCGCCUCCACGACCAGCCACCAGCUGCUUCUUCGAUAGACAUUCCAAGCCAGCGCGCCUCUCACGAGCCGUCAACGCUUUCACGCCAACCACACCCAGCGCGACACUCGCACCCAGACAAGCACGAUGGCUCCGGAUCUGAACAAGGUGCCGACCAACACAGGCAACACGUCGAGCACGCAACCGGCAUCGGGCUCCUUGUCGCGUCAGACAUCGUCACGUCAGGCAUCUACACCGGGCUCUAGGCGAGCAUCACAGAUGGGCCCCCCGCCGCUGCCUCUCGCAUCGCCUGGAGGUACCUUACCACCGCCCCAGUCAGCAUCACAUCAUGUACACGGUUUCCCGCCUCUCAGCCCCAGCGCGAGCGGCUACAUCCAGGCGAGCGUCGACUCAGCAGGCGUCCCCAUGAGACACCCACGCCCUAUGACACAAGCAGAGCUGCACCUUGAGCUCGAGAAGGAGCAGGAAGCAGUCGUCAACCGUCUGACGCGAGAACUUUCGGCUCUACGCGCGCACUCCGCGUCUGUAGCCUCCAACACGUCCAUGUCAAGCGCCGCCGACUCUUCCGUCGCCCACGCCGAAGCUCCAACCGGACCAAUGCAUCCCACAUCCUCGCGCCGCCACCGCAGUUCCUCGAGCGUCUCCCGCAGCGGUCUACCACCAGGCCACGUUCCACACCGUUACUCGAUCUCCUCGCAGCCUGCAACGGGCGAUUCCCAGCGCGGUCACCGCAGCUCGAGCGUCGUCAGCACCCCACGCUACGAAGAAGUGGCACAACACAAAGCGGAGCUGGAGGAGGUCAAAAAGGAAAACGAGGCCUUGAAACAGCGCAUUCGUGAUCUCGAGCGCAUGAUCAGGGGCGGCAAUGACGCUGCUGACGGUCAGAGGGGUCGGAGGGGUGCACCGCAGUCGCAGAGCAGCGGGGUUGGCAACGCUUCUGACACUGUGCAAGUACCUGCUAAUGAGACAGCAGGGGUCCCCUAAUAAAGCUGUGAAUAGGGUGAAGGAGAUGUGUUUGUAGGGUAGCACUGAGAAGGUGUGUUAAUAGCGCAGGUCAUGCUCAAGUUGCAUGUGCGAUGGGGUGGAACAUGAUUGCUCCCGCCAUAUCAUCAGUUGUCAACAUGGAGUUUGAGCGAUUAGUCGGCACGGGUAUGCCAAUUGGCAUGCUUACAACAUUUCCAUUCCAGUUCUACCAUUAGUAUCAAAUGAACAAACAAAUUGAAUAAACCCUUCUCUGGCCAUGUAUCUAGAUAAUAUUUAUAUUCUCCUUCCCCCCAG